AUGACAUCAGAGAACAAUGACCUGAACCAACAAGAUAGUGAGGCAGCAGGACUGUUGAUGCUCUUCUCGCAUCAGCCAACAAUAUCCACACACCAUAAUAACAAUAGUGCUGCUAAACCAAACGCUAAACUAAUCACUGUGGAGAAGACCUUAGCACGUUCUAAGCCUCUCUAUACAAACGAUAUACCCAUUGAAAGUACUCUGCCGCUACCACAUACCCAACCUGAACUUUCUACUCAACCGCAAGCUCAAAUAGCAUCUGCCUCAACAUCAACAAACUCAACCGUAAUGGACCGCAUGGGUUCAUUCAAUAGGUCAGAGUCCAACGGCAAAAUUAGAGUUGAGUCGAUAACAAGGUCACCGGGUCCUGCUGCUGCUGCUUUGGCCAGUGGAAAAAACUCGAAUAAAGCUAUCGUGGCUGCUGCUGCCUUGGCUGCUGCUGCUGCAACCCCAUUGCCUGUGCUAUACAAGGAAGAUGCAACUUUGCAAACAAAAGAAACGAGUGUGCCUGGAAAGAGCAAAUCAGAUAAAAGUUGCAAUGAAGAUGCAAAUAGGAAUGCAAUAGAUGCAAAGGCGGACGUCAGUGACGGGGAAACAGAAGAAUUUGAACGGGCCGAAACGAAGAAGGUAGCAGUAAUAAAACAUGAGAAUAAACUGAGCAGGUCAUCUCCCGAUGAAGUAGAAAAUCAGCGUGAUUAUCCAACUGACGAGGAACAAGGACCAACUGGAGAACCAUUGCCAAGUUAUGCUGUAGAUCCGGAUUCUGGAGUAAUCAGCUGUAUCUGCGGUUACGAUCACGAUGAUGGUGUAACCAUCCAAUGUGAUAAAUGUUUUAGAUGGCAGCAUCUUGUAUGUAUGGGGUUUGCAUCGAUUGAAGAUGCUCCCGAUGAUUACCAGUGUAAUCUCUGCAACGAGAACCUUGUUGUUGAUAUCAACAGGGCCAAGGAGUUGCAACAAGAAUACUUAAAGAAGGACAGAUCAAAGAGACGCAAAUCCCCGUAUACAUCGAAUGAGAAAAAAGACUUGAAUCUGGGGGUGCCACAGUUUAAGAAAAGAAAGUUGACCGGCAGCACCAACAAUCGAUAUAAUGAAAAUGAUAUUUCAGGUAGUGAAAAGUACAAAACUUUCUAUUAUCCAAUUGACUAUUUUGUUUUCAAAAGUAUCCCAAUCAAGUCUUUAUUUAACCAACUCCCUGAAAUACUAAACCACUCUAAAGGUGUGAUAAAAGUCGAAAAAUCAAACUUACACAAAUAUACUAUUAAUCCGAACAAUUUAGCCGUGAAAAAUACAAAUGAAAACAACAGAUCCAAAUUCACAGGUAUUUCUAAACUUGGCUUAUUUGCUAGCAAACAUAUUGAGGGAAACCGUUGUUUGUCCUUACUGAGUGGAGAAAUCGAUACAAAGCAAAACUAUAUCUUGGAAAAGUGCAAUCAACAUUGGCUAUUGGGGUGUCCAAAACCAAAUGUUUUCUUCCAUCCGACCUUACCAAUAUGCAUUGACCAACGUGGUUUGGGGAAUUCAACCAGGUUCAUUAGAAAGUCGUGCCAUCCAAAUUGUGAGAUACGGACAGUUCUAAUAAAUAAACAAGAAAUAACGUUUGGGGUGUUUUCAACUGAAGAAAUUGAUACUGAUCAAGAAAUCACUCUACCCUGGGAAUGGGAUACGGAUCAUCCAAUAUUGGAGAUCAUCAAAGGUGAAUUGGCAUUUGAGAAUAUGGACUCAAAGAAGAGACAAGUUUUAUCAAACUCGUUGCAAUCCAUUUUAGAUUUCACUGAUUGUGGGUGCUCAAGUUCAAGUUCAACCGUAUACAGUGAGUGCUUCUUCUAUAAAUUCAAGAAACUACAGAAAAGCUUGGGUAGAAACAGCCUGACUAGCUACUCACCUACUCCAAACCAAAUACAUACAUCCAUCGAUCAAAGAUACGCCGAACGUAAUGCUUUCAUAAUUGCUAAACUCAAUCAACUAUCUCAGGAAACAUUUGGAUCCAUCGACGCCCAUCUACAUGCCUCAUCGAAUAAUAUAGGUGUAGUAACUGAAAAGGAAUCAAGAAGCGACUCCUCACUGAUGGAAGAACAGUCAAGUCCAAAUAUCACGUUCAAAUCUAAAAAGAGUGGCAUGUUGUAUAGUUUGCCACAACUUCCAAAACAGUACGAAUUACUCAAGAAAUACUCUGGUGAAGCAUACACACAUCCUAGGACAUUACCAAAUGUUUCUGACAUUAAAGCUGAUAUAAAGGAGAUGCCAAUACCUAUUGAAGUCAACGCCAAACUUCUUCAUAGACUUACCGUCACCUCAAACGAUGGUCCCGCAGCAAAGUUAGAUCCACAUAUGGUAGGAACUGCCGAUCAAAAGAUUAGGGAGGAGAGGCCUAAACCCGUUAAGAAAUUUUCACUUGCUGAUUAUAAGAGGAAAAAAACAGGAUAA